AUAAGUCAGUUAAUCCUACCUUUGUUGCGACAUCAAGCGAAUCAUAGGUACACAUUUUAGGUACUUGCACACCGAGUAAAUAUGGUUUUCAUCAAUUCUCUAAGUAUCAUUCUUGUAAUUUUGACGAGUAACAUUUCACACAAGCAAAAAGUUACUGCAGAACCUUGCUUUCGUGUAAAGACAACCACGCCCAAUCAACCAAGUUGUACAGAAGGGGACAGAAAUUGUACGGUUGAGGUGAUUAAUGAAAAGUGUGAUUUAACUCAACCAUCAUCCGAGGGGCCAUUUUUUCUUCCUAAUCAACCAAUUCGUCAAGAUAUUCGAGAAGGACGUCCCGGAGUUCCGUUAAAAGUUGAAUUCACUGUUAAAAACACGACAUGUCACCCGGUUCAGGACGCCCAAGUCCAUGUAUGGCAUGCCGACGCGCUUGGUGUGUAUUCUGCAUACAGCGACUAUUAUCCACUCGGAGAUCCAAGUGCCAAAUUACAGAUCACAGGGCCGCACGCUGAACCAAGUGAGGAGGCGACUUUUCUGAGAGGGAUUCAACUCACAGAUUCGAACGGACGGGCGAAAUUUGAAACUAUUUAUCCAGGCUGGUACCACGUCCGGACACUUCAUCUGCACUUAAAAGUCACCCUCGCAGGCAAGGACAAGUACACUGGCGAGAUUUACUUUCCGGAUUGGCUCACCGACAAAAUCGCCAAGGUCGAGCCUUACAAGAGUCAUGAUGAAAAAAGAUUGAAAAACGACGAUGAUUCUCAAUUCGUUCGUGAAAAUGGAGAAGAUUUGUUGAUGACACCAAAGGGAAACCUUGAUGAUGGAUUUGAGGGUCAAAUUGAAAUCAUAAUUUAGAGUAUGAAAGUAGUGCGGAAGAGCUGUGUUAAUAAUGAUGGCGACAAACUAAAGUGCUUGUAAAUUAAGAAUAAUCAGCGAGACGAAUGUUAUGAAAUUUAUUUCUUUUAAGAAAAAUAAAAUCUAAGUAGAUAGUUAUAUGAUUUUGUUAAAAAUAAAUUAUGUUCCAUGUAUGAUAAUUUACUACAUUCUAUUUAUGUCACACAAUCCAAAAAAAGCAUCGCUAAGUUUUUCUUCCCGAGUAUUAAAAUUACGUAUUUACAUACAGAAAAGCUCCACCAACUUACCCAAAAACCUUCCUCCCAUAAGGAGAGUUGGUACUGGGGAGCAGGGUUUCGGUGAUGAUGAGACGAUGACGAGCAUGUAAAUAUGUAAAUAUGUACAUGUGUAGAUUGUAUUAUUUGGUCAAAAUGGUUUAAACAAUGAAUUUUAUUCCAUAAAGUUAAUGAGCAAUGAAUUAAAAAAUGAAAAUUUAUAAUUUA